GGAAAAGGACAGAAACGCAUGCAACCGGAAGAAAAGCAUGUGUAGGAGACAUUUUGACACAAGUGCAUCAGCUGUUUUAUUAGUUUAAGAGGCGUUUUGCUCUGUACCACAGCAUUGUAUGGCAUUAAAAAAUAAGCCCUUCGGGAUUUUCAAUGGAACAUUUUGAAGAAGAUUUGGUUGAGGCCCUUAAAGAUGUUGUAAAGGCCGGGAACUGGCAAUGUGUCGGAGAUGCAUCGAAAUUUAAGUCACCAUGCACGAAGUUUUACGCAGACGAUGGAGAGCACAUCGUUCUUGUGCGCACAGAGGACGGAAGGUUUUGGGCUAUGGACUCAUCCUGCCCACACGAAGGGGGCCCACUUGACCAAGGAGACAUCGAGGACCUUGGAGAUGGGAAACUGGCACUGAUAUGCCCCUGGCAUUAUUUUGACUUCAGCCUGGAGACGGGUUCCUCCUCCACAGGACUGCAGAAUCAGGUGUAUGAUGUCAGAGUGGUGGAUGGAAACGUUUAUAUUAACACACAAAGUACCUUGUCUCGCUACCCUGUCCCGGUGACAAAAACAGCAAAAACAGAUGUCUUGUCACCGGUGGAAAUAAAGUCAGCAUCCUCGGAAAAUACGCUCUGUUUCUGGGCCACAAAAAUCCUUUGUACUCCAGACCCAGAGGAAAAGGUGGCUUUGACUAAGGAUGUGCAGAGGUGGUGGGAUACUGGGAAAAUAACAGAAAUUGGGGAGUGUGCUCCACCGGAUCAGCCUAGCAGGAUGGAUAGCCUGACUGUGGUGGAGCCGGGCAAAAUCAAACGUGGCAAAGGAGGCACACAGGCAAGCAGGAUUGCUUUGCUUCAUUCUCUGGCCAACAUAGAGCAGUGGGCGAUUGACGUCUCAUGGGAUAUUAUAGCUCGAUUCUCUUCAGUCCAGCUUAGUACUGGAGACUCAAUGCCACGCCAGUUCUUCAGCGACUUUGUCAAAGUAGCAGGGGAUGAAGCCAAGCACUAUAAUUUAUUAGAGGAAAGGAUCAAGGAACUGGGUAGCUCUUUUGGUGCCCUCCCAGUGCAUAAUGGUUUGUGGCAGUCAGCGACAGAAACUUCUCAUGAUCUUCUGGCUAGACUGGCUAUAGUACACAUGGUCCAUGAAGCCAGGGGCUUAGACGUGCACCCUCAGACGCUGUCCCGCUUUGCAGCUCAGGGAGACACAAACUCGGUAAAGAUCCUAAAGGUCAUCUACACUGAUGAGAUCACUCAUGUGGCUGCAGGACUGCGAUGGUUCACACACAUCUGCUCCAAGGAGGGGCGGGAUUGCUUGAAGACUUUCCAUGAUUUGGUGAAGUUGCACUUCAAAGGGUAUUUAAAGCCCCCUUUUAACACAGAGGGGAGGAUGACAGCAGGGAUGACAGAAGAGGUAUUUUUCUUACUGUUAUAUUUUAGUAUGCAUCAUGUCCUAACAUUAGUGGCUUUUGAAAAUGCAUAAAAAAUGAUAACCUAAUCUGAUUUAGAUUUUAAAGCAUGUGUAAUAACCAGAAUCGUUUUCUCCACAGUGGUACGUUCCACUUGUUAAACCCUCCAGCUGACCGAAGGUGUCCUUCACCUUUUGAUACGAAAAGAAAAGCUGCUAUUCACUCCCGUCUGUUCAGAAUAUGCUCACUCACCAGUAACUGCCAUCAUUUACGUUACAGCAAAAAUUAGCUGUACUUGUUUUACGUGUCCAUUGCUGUUGUGAAAUGGUUAUUUACGCAGGGUUUUGAAAGUGCUGCUGCUAUAUUAAAUCGUGUCAUCUGUUUUUUUUCAUGCAUCAAAUGCAUAGAAAAGUGACAGACUAGUGAUUAUAUGAAAACAUUCACUUAAGUUUCUUGCCAAAAGCAUUUCUUGGAAAUUUAAGAAUCAAUUUUUUUUCGGAAAGGGAAAAAAAAACGUUUAAAAAAAGUUUACUUUUUUGUAUGCACUAUAUUGAGUAUAAUCCAAUAAAUAAUAUAAUCUUCAAA